AAGGCCUCGAACUCUCUCUCAACAACCACAAUAACCUUAAAACACCUUGGGCCUAUCAGAACCUUAGCUAUGUCAUCUCCAAAAUUCCUCUCCACCCUUCUUCUAUUUCUAAUCCUUUCAUUUCUUCUUGCCUUAGCAUCGGCUUCACUAGCAUCCCAAGGGAGGGCCCUCCUCCAGUGGAAAGCCAGCCUCCAGAGCCAAGGAUCACUUGAAUCUUGGAACCUCGACACUAGUCCAUGCAACUGGACUAGAAUCGCAUGCAAUGUCACACGUCGAGGCCAACCUGUGAUCACGAAGGUGAAUUUAGCCCAUAUGGGUCUGGCAGGAACGCUGAAUGCUCUCAACUUCUCCCUCCUAUCAUCACUUACCAGUCUCAACCUCACAUUCAACAAGCUCUAUGGAAGCAUCCCCCCCACCAUAUCUGCUCUUUCGAAGCUCACCUCUCUUGAUCUCUGCACUAAUAACUUCACAGGGAAAAUUCCACUGCAGAUCAGCUCUCUGACAAAGCUCAACUCCUUCAAUCUUAGUGAGAAUCAGAUAAGCGGUUCCAUCCCUCCUUGGCUAAGUAAUAUGACAAGGCUUAACUUCUUAUACCUAUCUGACAAUAACCUUUCAGGUACCAUCCCUAGGGAAUUAGGAAGGCUUGGAAAUCUCUGGGAGUUGACAAUCUCCACCAACCAUAUAAUAGGUUCCAUCCCUCCCACUUUGGGAAAUCUAACCCGGCUUCAAUUAUUGGAUUGCUCCCACAACGGGAUAUCUGGCUCCAUCCCUCCCGAAUUAGGGAAUCUCAUAAACUUGGUUUAUUUAGUCAUGGGUGAUAACAGUCUGACAGGUUUCAUCCCUCUUAGGUUGGAAAACUGGACCAAGCUUCACAGGUUCGGUCUUUGGGCUAAUCAUCUCUUCGGCUCCAUUCCUUCUGAAAUAGGUAAUCUAGCAGACUUAACUAUGCUAGAACUCGAACAAAAUAGUUUAGCAGGUUCCAUCCCCACCAGCUUAGGAAAUUUUACCAAGCUUAAUAUUAUGCGCCUUUGGGGCAAUCAUCUCUCUGGAUCAAUUCCUCAUGAAAUAGGAAAUCUAGUGGAGUUAGCUAGGCUAGACCUCGCGACAAACAAUUUAACAGGUUCUAUCCCGACCAGCUUAGGAAAUUUAACCAAGCUUGAACUCUUGCACCUCUUUGAAAAUCAUCUCUCUGGACCAAUUCCUCAUGAAAUAGGAAAUCUAGCGGAGUUAACUACGCUAGAACUCUCAACAAACAAUUUAACAGGUUCCAUCCCCACCAGCUUAGGAAAUUUAACCAAGCUUGAAAUCUUGUACCUCUUUGAAAAUCAGAUCUCUGGACCAAUUCCUCAUGAAAUAGGAAAUCUAGUGAAGUUAACUGAGCUAUCACUCGAACAAAAUAGUUUAGCAGGUUCCAUCCCUAGUUGGUUAGGAAAUUUAACCAAGCUUAAUACUAUGUACCUUUGGGCCAAUCAUCUCUCUGGACCAAUUCCUCAUGAAAUAGGAAAUCUAGUGGAGUUAGCUAAUCUAGACCUCUCGACAAACAAUUUAACAUGUUCUAUCCCCACCAGCUUAGGAAAUUUAACCAAGCUUGAACUCUUGCACCUCUUUGAAAAUCAUCUCUCUGGACCAAUUCCUCAUGAAAUAGGAAAUCUAGCGGAGUUAACUACGCUAGAACUCUCAACAAACAAUUUAACAGGUUCCAUCCCCACCAGCUUAGAAAAUUUAACCAAGCUUGAAAUCUUGUACCUCUUUAAAAAUCAAAUUUUUGGACCAAUUCCUCAUGAAAUACAAAAUAUGGUAAGCUUGACAGAUUUGAAAAUCAACAACAACCAUUUAGAUGGCUCAAUCCCUUCUAGUAUUGGAAAUUUAGCCAAGCUUGAAAUCUUGCACCUCUUUGAAAAUCAAAUCUCUGGCUCGAUCCCUCCAUCUUUUGGAAGAUUAACCAACCUUACUGAUUUCCGCUUAUUCAACAAUCGAUUAUCUGGUUCUUUGCCUGAGGAAUUUAACAAUAUUACAAAUUUGAAAUUUUUCGACUUGACGAACAACAGUUUUUCUGGCCAUUUACCCCAUGACAUAUGCAAAGGAGGAGUUCUAUUUCAUCUCACUUUGAGCAACAACCAUUUUGAAGGUCCAAUUCCCAAAAGCUUGAAAAACUGUACAAGCUUAGUCAGAGUCCGACUUGAGCACAACCAACUCUCUGGGGAUAUAUUUGAAAAUCUUGGAGUAUAUCCACAUCUAUGGUACAUCGAUUUAAGCUUCAACAGACUGUCUGGUAAGCUCUCACCAAACUGGGGAGGAUGUCAUAAUUUGUCGCUCUUAAGAAUCUCCAGCAACAAGGUUAUAGGAAGCAUACCCGUAGAACUUGGAAAUUUGACUCAACUACGAGAACUUGACCUUUCCUCGAACUAUCUAUCAGGAGAGAUUCCGAAGGAUCUAAGCAAGUUAACUAAUCUAUAUAACUUGACUUUGAGCAACAACCAACUUGUUGGAGAGGUAUAUCCAGAAUUCGGGGAACUAUCUAAUUUGGAGAUUCUUGAUCUGUCAGCAAAUCAACUAAGAGGAAGGGUACCAAAACAAUUAGGUUACUGCAAGAAACUUUAUUCGCUGAAGCUUGGAAACAAUCAUUUUAAUGGAAGCAUUCCCUUUCAAAUUGGAAAUCUAAUAAACCUGCAAGCCUCCCUGGAUCUAAGCCACAACUCAUUUACUGGAGAGAUACCAUCACAAUUUGGCAAACUAGUUAAGCUAGAAGUUAUGAAUCUAUCACACAAUGAGUUGACUGGUCAUGUUCUACUUUUUUUGAGUGAUAUGACAAGCUUGUCAUCUAUAGACUUAUCAUACAAUGAAUUAGAAGGCCCACUGCCCAACAACAUAAUUUUCCAGAAUGCACCAAUGGAGUGGUUCACCCACAACAAGGGCUUGUGUGGUGCAGUGAAAGGUUUGCCUUCAUGUGGCUCGUUUACAACCAGCAAAGAUGAUUCAAAUAAGCACCACAAACUUCUCUUGUUAAUUAUUGUUCCUAGUCUCUUAUUUCUAUUUAUUGUAUUUGCUUUAAUAAUUAUGAGAAGGAAGAAAUAUACAAGAAAUGAUGCAAGUAUUGAAGUAGGUGGAUUCUCUAUUUGGAACUUCAAUGGAGAAGACACAUACAAUGACAUCAUUCAAGCAACAGAGGAUUUUGAUGCCAAGUACUGCAUUGGCACUGGAACAUUUUCCAGUGUUUACAAAGCACUGCUGCCAAGCGGCAAGUUGGUAGCUGUGAAGAAAUUUCAUCCAUUAGAAAUUGAAGACUCACCAAGCAAGCAAACUUUUUGGAACGAAAUACGGGCACUAACCCAGAUCCAACAUCGGAAUAUUGUGAAGCUUUAUGGUUUUUGCUCUAGUGCUCGACAUAAGUUUCUUGUUUGUGAAUACAUGGAGAGAGGAAGCUUGGCAAAUAUUCUCCGAAGUGAAGGUGCCGCUGAAUUGGAUUGGUCAAAGAGAGUGGAUGCUGUAAAACAUAUUGCUCAUGCUCUAUCAUACAUGCACCAUGAUUGCGCUCCGCCAUUAGUGCACCGAGACAUAACAAGCAAUAAUAUUCUACUUGAUUCAGAAUACAAGGCUUGUAUUUCGGACUUCGGUAUUGCUAGACUUGUAAAGCCUGAUUCAUCUAAUUGGAGUAUGCUUGCAGGCACACGAGGAUAUUUGGCCCCAGGUAUGCUGCAAUUCCAUUUUUGUAAUGUAAGAACAAUGGCCUUACAAAUUUGUUUGUCUUUUUUAAAACAUUGUUCAAGAUAUGUUAAGAGCAUCCUUAGGUUUACCUCUAUAGAAAAAAAAGGUAUAACAUAGCUAUGACUAUGGUAACUUAUCAAUGCAUUACACA